CUUCAGUUCUCAAACGCCACGCGCUUCCAGAUUUCUCCACCAAACAGACUCGCAUUUUUCCUGGAUCGCUCGCCGCCGCCGCAGCAGACGCCGCCGCCGCGAUGGAAAAGGAGAAGAAGCUCUCGUUCUCCUUCUCCUCCUCGAAGCAGCGGCCGCCCAAGCCUCCCGCACGCCCUGCGGCCGCCGCGUACGACGAGGACGCGGACCUCCGUUCCGCGCCAGCGCCGGCCCAGCAGUACGUCACAGAGUUCGAUCCGUCCCAAACCCUAGCUGCCUCCGCCGCGGCGCGCGCCGUCAUCGCGCCGCUCCCCAACUCCGGCAACUUCCUCACCCACCGCCCACGCAAACCGUCCUCGCUCCCCACCCCUGAGGAGGAGGCCGCCCUCGCUGCCGAAUCCGGCGGAGGGGGCCCCGCCUUCGUCCUCGACACAUCGACCGCCCCCGACGACCCGUCAUCGAAAAUCGGCUACGGCCUCACUCGCCGCAACGGCGCCACCGACGCUGCUGCCAAGGAAUCGGAGAAGGUGCCGCCACCCCCACCGCCUCCGGCCACUACUGAUGCUGCCGCCGCCGGCAACCUCAUGCUGCAGCGGUACAAGGAGGACAUGGACGUCCUUCCGGAGCACCGUGGCAUGGACGAGUUCAAUGAAGUACCCGUGGAGGGAUUUGGCGCGGCGCUCCUUGCUGGGUACGGCUGGACGGAAGGUAAGGGCAUUGGUAGGAACAAUAGGACGGGGGAUACCAAAGUUGUUGAAUAUGACCGCCGUGCUGGGACGCAGGGGUUAGGUUACAACCCCUCUGAAGCCGACCCCCGGAAGACUCGUUCGGGCGACUGGAUUGUUGGCGACAAGAAGGCGUCCGAGAAUGGGAGUGCGAAGAGGAGAGAUCGAGAUAGUAGAGAUAUGAUGGAAGAGAGGGAUUCUAGUGCGCGGAAGAAGAGAUCUAGUGAGCAAAGGUCUGAGAAGGAGGGCCGUGUAAAGGAGAGUAAUGGCCGGGGUAGCCGAGAAGACACAAGUAAUACAAGCGAUACUCGUAGCAGUGUACGGUGGUUACAGAGUCAUAUCAGGGUUCGGAUUGUUAGUCAGAAACUUAGCAAGAGGCUGUACUUGAUGAAGGGUAAGGUUGUCGAUGUGGUGGGGCCUACAACGUGUGACAUCAUGAUGGAUGAUGGGUCAGAGUUGGUGCAGGGGGUGGAGCAGGAUAUGCUCGAAACUGUACUUCCACGGACGAACGGGCGGGUGCUUGUGCUUUAUGGGAAGCACAAGGGUUUAUACGGGCACCUGGUAGAGAAGAAUUCCGAAGAAGAGAUCGGAUUGGUGGAGGAUGCAGAUUCAAAGGAUAUUGUACGUGUUAGAUAUGACCAGAUGGCAGAAUACACUGGAGAUCCAGAGUUGCUUGGCUACUGAUUAAUUUCUUUUUGAGGAGGAUAUGCUUACCAGGAGCCUUCUGCUAUGCUAGGACUGAAGCAAUAUUGGGAGCAACUCCGCUGAACAAGCAACCAUUGCAGUGCUUCCAGCGCCACCAUGCCCCAAGUGUGAUCAAAGAAUUCAAACUUUUGCACCUAAUGCUUGCUUCUGGUGACACCAUACUGCGAAGACCUCAUCAUGAGUAUGAAGUGCAAGCUGAUGCUUGUUGACUCAGUGGUCAGUGGCAGUGCAGUAGCUGAAACCAUAGUUCUCCUGCAAAAACACAAGAACAAAGCAAAAGGAUAUGUUGUAUCCCUUCCUUAUCAUAGAAGGGACAGCACAGCAACCAUCAAUGUGCUUGUUAAUUCACAGUCCAAACGAUUAAGAAUGACAGGCCAAAGGAAGAAUUUGCUUAUUUGAACGCCAUGAUGCCCGAGAUUUCCACAGCGUUUCCAGGUGCACAGCGGAUGCUCCCAGUAAAGAAUGGGAGAUGACACUAUGGUAGAUUUGGUAGAGAUCUGACCAGAGGGAUGUCUCGAAAUAUGCUGAUAUGCCUCAUCUGGAUUGAACAUAAAGUCCUGAAGGCAAUCCCAAAUCUGGAGGUACUGGAUAAACCACCCUUGAUGUCCCCAACCAUCUUUGAUCCUACAGAGCUUGAAAAAACUGUUAUUGAGGCUGCUCUCCUGGGCACACAAUCCUAACUCAACCCCUGCUUGUUGCCUCCUUGAACACCUUUUUGUAACUUUGAACACAAUUAGCCCAGCUUUACUCGUCGUGCCAAGCAUCCAAUGCCCACUUUGACUUUUUUUUUGGUAUUCAAUCGAUAGCUUAGUAUUUAUAUAUUUAAACCUCCAUUCUGUAAUGUUUGUCCAUAGCACACCAUGUGCAACCAAGGAAGUUCUGUUUCCAAGAAGAAAAAAUGAAGGUGGGAUGACCAUCUACACCUAAUAAGUAAGGAUUUAAUCAAGGGUGGAGAGUGGAAGCUUAGCAAUAACUUGCACACUUGAUAUCCUCAAUGGACAAAAAUUGUGGAAUGUAUUUUUCUGAUGCCUUGGACAAACAUUGUAGAACUGAUGAAGUAGCUUCUAGUCAUUUUGCCAAGUAAUCUGGGUGAGUUAUUGCAAAAGCUCUCCUUAGUGAGACCAGUCUGCUUAUUCCUGUAACACAUCAUUUGUAGUUCUUGUGCUGCGAGUAGAAUGUAACCAGAUGCAUUAGCCAUUAGCUUCUAUUUCAUUUCUCCAUAACUAAGAAACUUCUUGUGUCUUUGCUAUGUACUUGUAUUGUGAAUUAAUGUUUAGCUAUAUGUUUUACAUUGUAAUGUUAUCAAUA